UUCAAACACUGCCCCCAAAACAACAUCAUCUUGCCUGCACAACGGAUCGACCGGAUGGAACAAGAGCUCAGCACUUGGCCUCGUCCUUGGCCGAGGGAAUUGACUGGUUGUACUGAUCAUCAAUCCUGCAGCCCUGGUGGCAGUGAAGCGUGUGAUUUGGUCUGGAUCCUUGACAUCAUGGCCUGAUUCCACCCAAGACACGAACACACUCCAAACUUCCCGCCAUGCAAAAAUGUGGAAAUGCCUUCAGCUCGCCAUUACUGCUCACUUCAGUAACAUACUACUAAUAUCAUCCUAUUCAUCCAUGCAAGCCGGGUAGUGAUACGGUAUGAUAAUCCACAGAGCAUCGCCAUCCAUCCAGGUGACUGCGUUUGUGAAGGUGAAAUAGGCUGCCGCUCCUAUCCUUCUUCUCCUUUGUAUCUUCCCUGUCUGUGGUGUGUUGUAUCCCUCUCAGACCUGGACCACUUACCAUUAUGAAGUUCGCUCUGCUAGCUAUCAUUGCCAGUACUGUCGCGGCCGGUGUGGAUGCACACGCCAUCCCACUCGAAAAUGACUACGUCGACACCUUGGUCGCUGUCGAGAACCUGCGACGGGCCUUGCCCAACUCGCCCAAAGGAUACACUCCGACCUUCCAGAAUUGCCCUGCCAAUGCCCCUGUGGUUCGAAGCGCUGCUUCCCUUUCGCCAAACGAGACCCAAUGGUUACAGAAGCGCAGGAAUAACACUAUUGCCCCCAUGCGCAACUUGUUGAGCCGAUUGAACAUCCAAGGGUUUAAUGCGACGCGAUACAUCGAUCAGGUGGCCCAUAAUGUCUCCGCUCUACCCAACAUCGGCAUUGCCGUGUCGGGAGGCGGUUGGCGAGCACUGAUGAAUGGUGCGGGUGCGAUAAAGGCGUUUGAUUCCCGCACCGCCGACAACAACGCCAAGGGCAAGCUUGGUGGUCUGCUCCAGUCGGCGACAUACCUGUCGGGCUUGAGUGGAGGAUCAUGGUUAGUUGGGUCCCUUUUCAUGAACAACUUCACGACCGUCGGGGCACUACAGGCGCAAACGAGUGGUUCGGUGUGGGAAUUCGGCAACAGUGUGAUUGAAGGUCCCGAGAAAAGCGGACUCCAAAUCUUCAACACGGCCGAAUAUUAUGCCAACUUGGUGAGCGAUGUCGAAGGAAAGUCAGACGUCGGGUUCAACACGUCCCUUACCGAUCUUUGGGGUCGGGCCCUUUCGUACCAACUGAUCAAUGCCACCGAGGGCGGCCCGGCUUACACCUGGUCCUCUAUUGGCAUUUCGGCACCCUUCUUGAAAGCCGACACCCCAUAUCCCAUCAUUAUUGCCGACUCACGAGCACCGGGGGAAACGCUGAUCCCGUCCAACACGACCAUCUACGAGUUCAACCCAUAUGAGAUGGGCUCCUGGGAUCCCACCUCCUUUGGCUUCGUCCCAAUGAAUCAUUUGGGCACCAAUUGGACAGCAGGCCGAGUGCCGGCGAAUAAGAAGUGUGUGGUAGGCUUCGACAAUGCUGGCUUCCUUAUGGGAACGUCAUCUAGCUUGUUCAACCAAUUCAUCUUGAAUCUCAAUGCAACUGGGAUUCCAGAUGCGUUGCAGAACCUCGUCGCAGAUAUCCUGACGGAUUUGGGUGACGAUAGCAACGACAUUGCUGACUAUACACCCAAUCCGUUCUAUCGAUAUAACCCGCUCACCAAUCCUUCGGCCAAUUCGUCGCGGCUCACGCUCGUUGAUGGCGGGGAAGACCUGGAGAAUGUGCCCCUUCACCCGCUUAUCCAACCCAACCGUCACGUGGACGUCAUCUUUGCAGUCGACUCAUCGGCCGAUACCAGCUUCAACUGGCCGAAUGGAACGUCUAUGGUGGCCACGUAUGAACGGUCAUUGAGCGCCAUUGCGAAUGGCACAGUCUUCCCAAGUGUCCCCGAUGUCAACACCUUUGUCAAUCUGGGCCUCAACUCGCGUCCGACUUUCUUUGGCUGCGAUACGUCCAAUUUCACGGGCGGCACUAAUAUUCCGCCACUGGUCGUCUAUAUCCCGAAUUCGCCGUACGUGACAUUCAGCAAUAUCUCAACCUUCCAGCUGUCGACCAACAACACCCAACGGGAUGCCAUUAUACUCAAUGGGAUGGAUGUUGCCACGAUGGCCAACGGCACACGGGACGCCACUUGGCCUACCUGCGUGGCUUGUGCGAUCUUGAGCCGCAGUAUGGAACGCACCAACACCGAGGUACCUGAGGCGUGCACGAGCUGCUUCAACCGCUUCUGCUGGGAUGGCUCGCUCAAUUCGACACAGCCGGCUAAUUACGAGCCUGAGCCAGUUCUCCAGGCGGUGAGCCUGCAAAGCGGGGGCUCUAAGCUCUUGCCCAGGUGGGUUAUUGCUCUCGCUGCAGCGGCAAUGGGCUAUCACUCUCUGUAAACUAUUUUCCAGGUGUAUAUGCUUUGUUGGAUAAUCUUCCUCGACACGUGUUGGAUGCAAAUAGGGUCAGGAUCAGUUUUUGGGUGGGCAAUCCAGGAUCAGGAUAUACACAAAAGUGGCAUUCAGGGGUGCAUGUCCUGCAUAUGAUGGCUAGGGUUCAUGAAGCAAUACGGGGGGUCCAUUUGUACAUCGAUGAUGAUCAUUACCAUGCAGUGGGAGCGAUCGAGGCUGAAAAUCAAAAGCCUGGCAUAAUUCCGACCAUCUUUUGGGUAAUAAUUUCGAGGCGCUGUUUCCUCGUUUGGAGGAAUAAGCGAACAGCCUUGAGUUCAUGUGUGGCAAGGAGGCGGCAGCAUUGGUGAGCACCUAAACGAUAUAGCGUCGCUGAAGGGCGCGUUGGUGCGGCCCUGAAA